UAACAUCGUCAGCUUUAGUUAUCGCUCGAACAGCGAACGUUGUAGAAUUGAAUUUUUUAAAACGCUGCUUGUACCGGUGCAUUUUUUGAAUACAAAAAUUAAUUUGAUAUUAAAUCUUAACGGUUUGAAAAUUUUAAAAUACGGCAAAAAUAUAAAUUUUGUGAAAUAAAAAAGGAGUGAAUUUUUAAAACUAAAACAAAUUUAUGUUGGAAAAGUUUUGGUUUUUUUGGAAUUUGAGAAGAAAAAAAAUGUUUUGAAAAUAAAUAUAAAUCUUGAUAAAUUAUAAUACCCCGCCGCCCAUUGAAUGUCGUUGUUGUUGUCAUCGUUGAUGUACAGAUGCUCUAAAUUGCAGCACAUGAUAAGUGCAAACAAACCUGUAAAAAAAGUUAUUUUCUUGUUGGUGUUGUUAUUGUUUUAUUUAACUGUCGCCUGUUAACCAAAGUACGCAGUUAAUUGCGUCAAAAGUACCCGGACAAAGCGAGAGCGCGAAAAAAUACUUAAAAAAAUAAUAACUAAAAUAAAUAACAAAAGAUUAAGCAUUUGAAAUUCUGUUACCAAACCAAGAAAUUUGGUUUUUUAUCCGACAGUAGUGCAGUGCGGCGCAGUCACACCGAAGAUAAUUUGUAUCUUUUGUUUCUCCUUUGAGAAAAGAAAACUAAAAACAAACACACACACACACAGUAACUCUGACAAAAUGUUGAAAAAUAAAACAAAUGAAGAAAAAGUCGACACAUUACUGGCCAAAAGUUUGGUGCCCAUCAUCGAUUUGGCUCAUUGUGGCACCGAAGAAUGUCCAGUAAAAUCUGUUGUCACACGCGUUGGCCAUCAAUUACACAAAGCUCUGACAGAAAAAGGUUUGGCUCUUUUGGUCAAUCAUGGUAUCUGUGAUGAAAAGCUGAAAACUGCCUGGGAUCAUUUGGAUGAUUUCGUAGAUCUACCAGACGAUGUGAAAAAACAUUACAUACGCACUGGUGAUGACAAUCACGGAUAUGUCAGUCCCGGCAUCGAACGAUUCGAUGGCAAAACACCAGAAUUGCGCCACGCUUUCAACAUUUGCACACUUAACGCCAAGAAUCUGCCCGAAGAACCGCUACCCGGUUUUGCCGAUCACAUAUCAGUUUUGGCCGAAGACUUCAAGGCAUUGGCUCGUUUCAUUCUACAAGCAUUGGCCAUUUCACUCGACAUACCACAGACAUUUUUUCUUGAAAAACAUUCACACAUGUUGUCGGGCGAUCAUGACAAUGAAACCACUCUGCGUCUGUUGUAUUAUCCACCCGUUGUGGAGGAUGAUGAAAGUAGUAAAAACACGUAUGUAAAGGGACGUAGUAAAUACAGUUAUCAACGUUGUGCCUCCACGCAACCCGAUUUUCGUCCCGAAUAUGAUCCCCGCGAUGAAUACAAUGAAGUGGAUGGCGGUGAAAAUAAUAAAAAUACCACAGAAAGACAUUUGCCCAAUGGCGCUGUAAUACGUUGUGGUGCCCAUACAGAUUAUGGUACAUUUACGUUAUUGUCUCAGGACUCAGAGGGUGGUUUGGAGGUGCAAUUGCCUGGCAGUGAAAAAUGGCAUAGGGUUGGUCAUUUGCCGGGGGCAAUAUUGGUGAAUUGUGGUGAAAUUCUUUCGAUAUGGACACAAAAUAAAUAUGCAGCUCUGCCUCAUCGUGUUGUUGUACCCGAACAAGAGCAUUUACGUUCCCGCGGUCGCCAUUCGAUAGCCUUCUUUUGUCAUCCUGAUAAUAUGACAAUGAUUUCGCCAAAUGAUUUGCCUCUACACGCCGAAAAUCAAGAUGCCAUCAACAAAAAGCCCCGCAAAAAGUCAUUUAAGGCAGCAAAAGAAAAAGUUUACAAUGCAUAUCAGUUGAUUCAGAAACGUUUUCGAGAUACUUACACAAAUGGUUCACAAUGAUUGCUAGCCAUUCCCAGAGAAAAAGACAGCAACAGAUACAAUAAAAAAAUAACUCGGACCCAUACACCUCCUAAGGAGUCCUUAAAGUCAUUCAACUUUAACUUAUUAAGUUAAUCAUUCAUUCAUUACAUUAGAAAAACAGCAACAACAAAACAAUUAAUGUAAACAAGAAAGAAAAAAAGUGAUUAUUUUUUAUUAUAAAUUAAUUUUUUUAUUAUUAUUUUAAAAACCUACCUGUUCGAUUCUUCAAAUGUCAGUGUUCUUUUAAUUUUAUGACUAUUAUUAUUUUUUUUUAAUUUAUAUAAAUUUUACAACCCCAAACAAUAUGUGAAAAUUUACAUUCAAACAAAAUUCGUGCGUAUGUAUUAGAUUCAUACAAAAUACUAUGUAUCUAUGUAUUCUACUCCCAUUGUUUAGAGGUAUACUAAUAUAAGACUAAAAUUUGUAAUUUGUAUUUAAUUCCGUUCUACAUUUAAACAUUGGGAUGUAUAUACAUAAAAUAAAGGAAAACAAAAAAGAAGGAAAA